GUGAUGGGAUGCAGAAAGGGCGAUAUAAAGUAACUGCUUCAAUAUAAAAAGACAGCUUCAUGAUCAAAUAGAGCAGCAGAUGUAAAUCCUUAUUUUAGGAGAGGAUCCAAAACAGGCCGGGUUGCUCCCCAGAUACGGUUACGUUUUGUGAUUAUUUGUUUAAGCCUAUAAUCCCUCUCUAAUCAGGAAUAUUCGGUGUACGCGCAUACAGAAUUUAAGUGAUGUGACAUCAAUAUCAGCCUCUUCUGGUAGGAAGAAGGUAACAUGCCUUUAGCAGCAUCAGACUGAUAUAAACUGAAGAUGGCCGUCAGCUGCUCGAUGCUCCGUGUGCUGCUUCUGCUGCUGCUUCUUCUCCACCCAGGGAUGGGCUCCAUGCUCUGUCCCAGCCCCUGCUUCUGCUACGAGUCCUCUGACCUGGUUGACUGCCGGUCCCGGGCCCUGGUCCGGGUUCCUCCCAGCGUCCCCCACGGGACCUGGCUGCUGGACCUGAGGGGGAACAUGCUGACUGAAGUGCACAGCAGGUCCUUCAUGGGGCUGUGGUCUCUGAAGAUCCUCCUGAUGUCCAACAACAGCAUCCAAACCCUGCAACCACAGUCUCUGUCGUCCCUGCAGUUCCUGGAGAGGCUGGCCUUGAGUUUUAACCAGCUGCGGUGGCUCCCUCAAGACUUCUCUCAGAGUCUGUCCUCCCUCAAGGAGCUGCAGCUGGACCACAACCUACUACUGCACCUUGACUCUCCUUCCCUGAGGGAUUUGGAAAACCUGAGGAAACUGGACCUCAGUUAUAAUCGCAUCUGGACAUUAGAUGUCGGGGCUUUCAGCAGCCUGUCUCGCCUGAGCCUCCUGAACCUGGAGGGGAACCGGCUGAACGCGCUGACGGACGGGCUGCUGAGCCGGCAGCAGAGCCUGGAGGUGCUUCUGCUCAGCUACAACAACAUCUCCAUGAUCCAAACCGAAGCUCUGGCCCCACUGCGCAGUCUGACUCUGCUGAGUCUCCGUGGGAACCAGCUGGAACACAUCAGGUUCAAGACCUUCUUGAAGCUUCAGACCAUCUCCACCCACCUUCAGAUGUCCCACAACCGCUGGACCUGUGACUGCGAGCUGCAGCGAGACUUCUCCAAGAUCCAUUACGUUCGACACCUGCAUGUGGACGACUACAAGGACAUCAUCUGCCACUCUCCUGAUCAACAAGCCGGGAGCUCUCUGGCAUCUAUGGACACCCAGCUGUGUAUCGCUGAGACAGCAUCCGUGCUCGUCAUCACCAUCACCGUGAUGCUGGCGGUGAUCGGGGCCCUGGUCAAGGCAGAGCGCAACAGCAAGAAAAACGUGCAAACUGUGACUGAGGAGGACUCCGAGAGUCCCGAAAAAUGAAUUUGACUUUUUGAUUUGAUCCUUGCUCGCUCCUCUGCUCUUGUGUGAGGUAUCCCACAAUUCCCCAUUAUUUUGUCAAGAGCAUCCUCCAAGAAGACCCAUAUCCCUUUCAUAGUUUAAUUACUUUACAGCUUUCUUUUAAUCACCUUAAUGUCUAGUAUGCCAAAAUCUGUAGCGGAAAGGGAGAAGCGGAAAAUGUUCCAGGCUUUAUGCAUAAAAGGUCAAAUGUACGACCUUUUUUUUAGAUAUCUUUCAUACAUUUUAAGACCUAUUCG